AUGCCUAGUUUCCACUCUUACGGGGUCCAUACAUUUCUGGAGCUUCAGGAUAUAUCUUCGGACCCUAUCUCAAAACUAUCCAGACUUUCUGAAUCGACCUCCAAAAUCACGUGGAGCCCAAUACAGGGGAUGACACAUCCAAUAUUAAGCACCAAUGUCAUCUCUCCUGCAACAACUGGCUCACCCCUUCCAUUCUGCAUAGUGGUUGAAUUCGAUGCCGAUAUUGACCGUCAUAGCCCGAAUCAUCCCAAGGGUGAUGUGAGGAUUGAGGUCAAGGUUGAUGGUGUAGUAAGUGGUUGGCGGGUUCUACCACAGGCCAAAAUAUGGCCUAAAGGUACCCGUAUUGAAUUCUCUGGUUUACGUGUAGCAAGAACAGAGGAAAUGGCCUUUAUAUUUAAUUCACCUCCCCGAAACUCCGGAAAAUCGAAAGAUAACCUCUCUGCCUCCACUCUAACAUCCUCGAUUGAGGCAAUCAACACGAGUUUGCCAUUAAACACUUCACACAUAGAGAUACUCAUCACAAUUGGGAAAAAACACAAUACCCUAGAAAAAUAUUUGAUAUUCUCACCAGUGCUCCAAGAAGCAUUCUAUAUCCCUCCUGUUUCGCUGUCUUCUCAAUGGCUCCAGCACAGCAUCAAUGUCAAUAUCCAGGGAACUAAAAGGAAGCUCGAGUCCCAACAAUCAAAUAGGAACGAAGGUACCAGCGCUGCAGUCCCUGUCAGACCUUCAUAUAGACCGGCUACCAUCGGAGUGAGCCAAAAAACUCCUCAGAUGAGAGAAGCAGAGUUUACUGCAAGAAUACACUUAGCCAGGUUUUGGUUUAUCAUUUAUCCUGGGCCUGUACACCUGGAUCUACCCAAAGAACCCAUUUCAUCGAUCCCUUUGGCCUCAGUUGGCGAUCAAGAUGCUUUUAAAUCAGCUGAGAUUGUGGUCGUUCAUAAGAAAACGGAUGAGGAAAGAACCCUAGACAACUCUAUCUCUAAGAUGGAAGCUAGUGACACAGUGGCUGGAAGGAAACGAAAAGUUACGAAGAUAAAAACUUCUGAAACCAAUGAGCUGUUCCCUGCCAUACCUCAAUGGCAGGAGGACGGCCAAAUUCGAAAACAUGAAGGCACUAUAAGUACCACGCCUGCAUUGCAGGGGAUCAUCCCUGAUAUUCAGCAUCAAAAGGACUUGAACAUAAUUUCUAAAGCUCACUUUGGCACCGGGAGUGAUGAUCUUAGGAGGCGGUCUUCUCAGAAACAAACAAAAGUCAUACCUAAUACAUUGGCUUCCCCAGUUGGACUUGUCGGCUCUUUCGUAUAUUUACAUGUAAAGUUCCGGCACAAUGAACAUGUGACUACCAAAUGCGUUAGUCAAUUAUUUCUUUUUCCUUUACUCCACGUCUCCAGGUAA